AUGUCGUUCAGAGCAGUCUACACCGACAAGACCGGCAAGCAGAAAAUAGUUGAGGUUCCUUGGUAUGCCGCUUUCUCACCUGGUCCGGUACGCAAGGUCAAGCAAAUCGAACCAGAGAAACCGUGUACUCACUGCCAUGGUAGAGGCAAGGAAAUCGUCAAGGACGGGAAGCCUAGCGCCCAGGUUCACUUUGCUCACGACAAGGAAACCUACACCAAGGCCGACAAUAAGAAGAUUAGGGCGAUGAAGAGUGAGAAUAAAAGCUGGAAAGAAAUUCUUGACGCCAUCAACAAGAAGUCGCUCUCCCAGCUCAAGGAACACUACAAGAAUGAUCUCCAAGGGGAUGGAAACGCCGCCGACGUGGCUGCUGGUGCUCAAGUCUACUCUGCACACGCCAAGGAGACUUAUACCAAGGGCGAUGACAAGGUCAUCGUUGAGAUGAAGAACGCUGGCAAGACCUGGGGUGACAUUCUAAGCGCCAUCAAAAAGGAAUCGCAAUCCCAGCUCAAGGAGCAUUACAAGAACAAUCUCAAGGACGGAAAUGGUGCAGCGGACAAUGGAACUGGCGGCUCUACGCAUGAGAAAGAAACCUACAGCAAGGCCAACAAUAAGACGAUCAUCCAAAUGAAGAACGCUGACAAGCCAUGGGACGAAAUCCUCAAGGCCAUCGACAAAAAGUCCAAGUCUCAGCUCAUCGAGCACUACAAGACCACCUUGAAAGAGAGAGCGGAGCAGGCCAAGGGCAAUGGAGGAGAUGGCAAGAAGGCUGAGGCUCAAGCAUAUCCGAGCGGCAGCAAAAAAGGUGCUGUUGACCCCAAGGUCGCGGAACUGGCCAAGGAGUCUGGUCAUCGACGCUGGCAAGACUUGUGCUCCCGGCAUUUCGACGAGACCGGCGAACGCCUCACAACCGCCGAAGCACGCCGCAGAUACCCUGACUAUGAUUAG